GCAAAACCAAAAGAGGAAGUGAAAUUCCACGUAGCCUAUUAAACAGAAGCAAAUAUUUUUCCUUGACCUUUUUUAGAAAUCCAACAUUGAAAAAUGUUUCAAGAAUCUGAAUACAGAGAAAACCUAUCAUUGAUGUUAUCAGAGGUUUUACAUGACAUUGGUGUCAAUGAAAGAAUAGUGAUGAGAAGGAGAAGACAUUCCAUACUGCGAGAGACUAUGAAUAAUAUCACAUUCAGGUUAACUGAUAACAAUAGAACUAAAUAUUAUCUAGGAAGUCAGAGUGAAGGUACAACUACUAUAGGACUUCAUUCAGACAUUGAUAUACUGAUAUGUAUUCAUGAUUUCAAUAUUAUGCAAGACUGGUCAGAGUGGGAACAUGGCAAGUUCAACUUUCUCAUGAUACAGGAUGAGAACACUACCCCCGGCUAUUGUUUCUUACAACUGCUCCGAGAUGAUGUACCUCUUCCUCACACUGUCAUUCCUGAUGAACAUCAUAUAACUGAUAGAAGUGGAAGAAUAUUGCUUAAAAACACAGUAAUAAAUGAUCUGAUUCGGGGUACUGUAGGUCAUGGACCAUCACUUUAUGAUCAAGGACAACCUGGAUUCAGUGAUACGGACUAUGUGUUUGCAUUACCUUGUAAAACAUGGCUUCAAUCAGCAUUAGGUUGGUUAAAUAGACAAGGUAUUGGCAGAUGGCCAACACAAAAAAUGAGAAGAUAUGCAGCUAAUACUUGGUGUUUUGUUGUUCCAACUGGAAGUAAGGUCAGUGAAUAUCCUGAAUUGGAAUGGAGAAUAUCUACAUCAUUGGCAGAAAGGUGUUUAAUGCUGGAUUUAAAUGUAACACAAAUAAGGUGCUAUGUGUUGUUGAAAAUGAUUCUAAAAUAUGUCCUUUACCCUCGAGGUAUAAUAAAUAUAUCAAGUUUCAUGUGUAAAACAGUUCUAUUACAUUGUAUAGAAAACACAGAGCUAUGUAUAUGGAAAGAGAACAAUUUAUUUACAUGUUUAACACAUUGCUUGUUGGAAUUACACAGUUGUGUACAGAAUUGCCAUUGUUCACAUUUUAUUAUCCGAGAAAAUAAUUUGAUGGCAGGGCAAUUUACAGCAUUUUCUGUGGCUGCUGGGAUAAGCCUUUACCUACACUAACAGCAGAAUUCAUAAGGAUAUGUGGUGAGCAAAGUGACGACUGUAUUAAACAUAUUACAGCAUUUUGUGUCAGAUUUAUACAGAAAGAGAACAACUGUGUUCCUCAUGAACUACAAUAUGAAAUGUUCAGAUCUACACAAGAUGAUAUGAUGCAUAGACUUGAAAGAGAAGACUUUUGGAUGAACUUUGCUGUAGUUGAUUCUCUACCUUUCCUGUAUUUCCUACAAUAUAAAGUCUAUCGUCAGCUACAAAGGCAUCACGAUCAACAACAAGCACUUGGUAAACUUAUAAAAAACAUAGCAAAAGACGAAAAUCUUGGACAUAGAGAAACUGCUCUAAACAUUUUAGGGCAAUGUAUGGAACAAGAAAACAGAACUCAAGAAGCAUUAAACUGCUACCUGUUUUCUCUUCAACAAAGGGCAAGAAACAAUGUAGCAAACUUACAUAUAUGUAAGCUUCUCUCCAGCAUGCUAGGCAAUAAUGUCAAGUGAAAACACAAAAUAUGAAGAUUUCAACGGUUCAAAUGUUAAUAUUCAAUUGUUAAUACAUAGGCCUGUCAUCAGUCUUUUUGUCACGCAUUAUUUUAAAAUACCUUUCAGCAUGUUAAACUGAAUGAAUCAAGACUUUGAAAAUUUGACUUAACAUUUGGGUGUCAAAAGACUCUUGAAAAGAGGACAACUUCACAAGAAAGUUAUGAUCAACAUUAUAGUUUUCAGACGACGAUGGCAACGACAUUGUCGAGACAACGGUAACGGGUACAGGAAAGCCAACAUGAUUGUAACAAUAACUUUUUUAUUUCAAAGAUAACGAUGCCGAGCUAAAAAAUAUUAUAUCUGUUUUAUUAAAUGAAAGUUUAAACGAGUGUUAAACAAGAUAAUCUACCAAAUAAUAUCAAUUAUUUCAUAUUCUAUAUCAAUAAUGGAAAACAUACUAGUAUUUCAUUUAUGAUAUAAAAUCUACAUUAUAUCACCCUUCAGAAAACUCUGAUCGACAAAACUUACUGUUCAUUUUAUAUUUCACUAUUCACGGUGAAAUAUAUUAGUAAAUAACAGACUGAACAAACAAUAUUUAAUUAAUAUUCCGUUUCUUUGUAUAUGAUGAUGAAUGAAAAGCUGUAUUUCAUAUGUCUGAUAUAACAUCUUAUCUCAAUGUCUCAUGCUAAAAACUAAUUGUUUCUUCAUGCAGUUGUAUCGUAUAUAUAUUAUCAAUGUGAAACUCUUUUGCAGGCCUAUAAAUACCAUACUGAAUUUGCCAUGUUGUAAAUUUGGAGCUGUCACUUUGGUGUUUAUAAUACAAAACACAAAACUCGGUAUUCAUUUAUCAGUAAUAAGCGCUGCAAAUGCAGGCUUGUAUACAUGGAAAAAAUCUUUUAAGUAGGGAAGAGAGAAAUUAAUCUUAUAAUAUUAUAAUUAUUUUUCAAAUGAUAACAAUUGACAAGGAAAUUAAACAA